AUGGAAUCAAUUACCCUAUCAGAAAGUGCAAGCGAAGUAGGAAUUUACGCAUUUUCUAACAAUGAAAAAUUAUCCAUGGCAGAUUUCGGUUCCAGCUCAUUGAAUUCUAUUCCAGAAGGAUUGUUCUGCAACUGUACUAGCUUAGAAGCCAUCAUAUUCCCUGCAAAUAUCGAUCUAAUCGGUCCAGAAUCCUUCAAAAAGACGAAAUUACCUUUUGUCAAGUUCCCUGAGACGGUUUUAGACGUAGGAAAGUCCGCAUUCAGCGAAUGUUACAAUCUGCAAGAGGUAGAUCUGUCUAAAACCAACAUUGUCAAAGUAAAAGAAUCAACUUUCUCUAAAUGCUCGAAAUUAGCGAAAGUUCAGCUUCCAAGUAGCCUCAGAAUAAUAGGAAGUGCAAGUUUCGCGCUUACAAAUAUCCAGGAAAUUGCAUUUCCAUCCACAUUAACUGUAAUUGGCUCUGCAUCGUUCGCCUAUUGCUCCAACCUCCAGAAAAUCAUUUUAUCCAACACAAUAAUCAAGGCAAUCAAGCAGAGCGCGUUCGAAGGUUGCUUAAAUUUGGAUGAAAUUGAUUUGCCAACAAGUUUGGCAAAUGUCGGCCAACAGAUAUUCCUCGGAUGUUCUAAGUUGUCGAAGAUUAAGUAUGGAGGCUUAAAUGACUUAGAAAGUGAACAAUAUUUGCCAAAUGACGUAGAAAUUAGUUUACCUGACUUGUUUACAGGAUCAAGGUUCUUGGGACAUGAUGUACAUUACGACAAAGUUAAAAAGAUAUAUAGAAUCAAGAUACCUGAAAAUAAUCGCGAAUGA